CAGACAGAGACACGCCGAGAGCACCAACAGACAGAGACACGUCGAGAGCACCGACAGUACAGAGAAACACCGAGAGCACUGACAGACAGAGACACACCGAGAGCACUGACAGACAGAGACACACCGAGAGCACUGACAGACAUAGACACACCAAGAUACAUCAAAGUCAAGAAGACCUGGUGAAGCUACACCCAACAGGAGCACAAGAGUCUUAACAUAAGACCUGUUGAAGUCAUGGGGAGAGAAAACAUCCUAACCUUUGCUAUGCUGUGUGUCUUCCAUGAUUGGACUCUGGGUGUGGAAUCAACGAUGAUUCAUCCUCGACUGAAUCGUCGUAAUCCCGACCCAAUACUCCUUGACAUGGCCCCUGACUCUAUCGAUGACUCCUAUGAGGGCUGCAGGGAGAAUAUGCUCUGUAAGGUGACAAAACACUUCCUACCAAAGGAGAAAAAUAUUGACAUCAAUUUCAGUGGUGCUUGGAACAAUUCUAUGGAUGUGUAUAACAACAACCAUAACUCUAACAUUGAACAUCUGUCUAAUGACCAUUUAAGGGCAAUUCAUGUGUAUGUGAAUCCAGUAAAGAUUAUUUCCGAGUCAUUCAAUCAGGCCACUCGUACCCUAGGGAAGUACUACGAGACCAAGUUUAAUUACCACUCCUUGCAUUUCCUGUUGUCUGAUGCCUUACGCAUUCUUAAUAAAGCCCAGGGAAAAAAGUGUGUAAAAACCUUCCGUGGAGUCAAUCUAGCUUUCGAAGGAAAAAAAGAUGACAAAAUGCGAUUUGGCCAAUUUGCUUCAUCAUCUACCGACGAACAUGUGGCUAAAAUAUUUGCAAAUUGGAAGACAUGUUUUAAAAUUACUACCUGCUUUGGUGCGUCCCUGGCAGGUUUAUCUCAGUUGAACAAUGAAGAAGAGGUGUUGAUUCCCCCAUAUGAGGUUUUCAAAAUUGCUGAGGUCACCAAAAAUAAAGUAUUGGACAAAGAAAAUACGAGUGAAUGUGAGAUUGUCUACGAACUAGAGAGCACAAUAAAUAAAAAAAGUGACUUGAAUUGCCAUAUUGUCGAAAUAGACAAAAAAGAUAACGAAAUGUGUAACACCAUGUAACAUGUGACAUGUUGAAUGUUUUGGUCGAGUUCCAGGUCGACUUCAUUGCAGACGCUGCAUUGCAUCAACCAAUGGUUGGUCCCACUUCAUCGACUGCACAGUCGGGCAUCCGAUUGCUAUAACAUAUAAUCUGCUUAGCUGAUACGUUCAACACCUACCCAAUCGUUGUGAGAUCUGGCAGGCGUCUGCAAUGUAGUCAGGCAGGAACACCACCCAUCUUUUCCCCAGGUUCAUGUGUGUUUCCAGGUGCAGCUUAUUGCUUGGCUGCUAAGUACCAGGCUGUUGGGUCAGUUUUGUGCUCCACAUGCUGUGUGAAGGUUGCAAUGCUUUAUGAUGAUGGAAGUGUUCACAGUCUUUAGAAAACCCAGUAGUGGCAUCCUUGAAAUAAUUUGUUAAUUAUCUGUGUGUGUGAGAGGGGGGUCCUGGACUCAUCUUAAUCUGUGUCCGGGAAACCAUCGCUAAAUGUCUUUGGCAAAUUGCCCAGUUCCCACUACAGCCAAGUUGUGAUGUCAAAAUUGCCUGUAACAUAACAUUUUAUGAAAACAAAGUUUUUGGUCUGAAUUUAAGGUUAGUUAGGCAUAAGGUUAGGGGUAAGUUUCAAAUCAGAUUUUAAGAAGGAACAUUUUAGAACUUCCGUCUUUGCAGCUUGGCCAGAUAGUUACAACCAAGUUGCUCUGUUCCCAUUAACCAGAUCCACCCUCCGUCUUUCAGAAUUAGUACUUGCAUUACCUGAAUUAGUACAAUUACAUUUGAGUCAUUUAGCAGACGCUCUUAUCCAGAACGACUUACAGUAGUGAAUGCUUACAUUCCAUUUCAUAAUUAUUAUUUUUUUGUACUGGCCCCCCGUGGGAAUCGAACCCACAACCCUGGCGUUGCAAACACCACGCUCUACCUGUC